CACCCAUUCACACUUCGCACGUGUUAACAUAAUUCUCGGACAAAACCCUAGUCUCAACGCCACCUGUUCCGUCUCAUCCCAAACGCUCACAAUCUUGCCAGCCAUGGCGUCAGCUACUCACCUCCUCUCCCAACCUUCAUCAUCUCUCCGAAGAAACCUAAACCAAUACCAAUCGAACCGAUCUCCCCUCUCCAGAAUCCCGGUCCUGUCUCUCAAGUCAACCUUGAAGCCACUGCAACGCCUCUCCGUCAAAGCCGCCGCAUCAUCCCCAAACUCUGUAAAAACCGUGACGAAGGAAUCAAGCGAUCAGUCUUCCUUCAACCACUGUUUCAAGAAAUCAUCAGAUGGGUUCCUCUACUGCGAGGGAACCAAGGUCGAGGACAUCAUGGAGAGCGUGGAGAGAAGACCUUUUUACUUGUACAGCAAGCCUCAGAUCACGAGGAACGUCGAGGCGUACAAAGAGGCCUUGGAAGGUGUGAGCUCCGUCAUUGGCUACGCCAUCAAGGCUAAUAACAACCUCAAGAUUCUGGAGCAUUUGAGGAGUUUGGGAUGUGGUGCUGUGCUUGUUAGUGGGAAUGAGCUCAGGCUUGCUCUUCGUGCUGGUUUCGAUCCCACAAAGUGUAUCUUCAAUGGAAAUGGGAAGCUGUUGGAGGAUUUAGUUAUAGCUGCUCAGGCAGGUGUUUUCGUGAACGUGGAUAGUGAGUUCGACUUGGAUAAUAUUGUGGAAGCUUCAAGAAUCUCCGGUAAACAGGUCAAUGUUCUACUGCGUAUCAAUCCUGAUGUUGAUCCUCAGGUGCAUCCAUACGUAGCUACCGGGAACAAGAACUCAAAGUUUGGUAUCAGGAACGAGAAGCUUCAGUGGUUUCUCGACGAGGUGAAGGCGCAUCCUAAUGAGCUCAAGCUUGUUGGAGCUCAUUGCCAUCUAGGCUCUACCAUUACAAAGGUGGAUAUAUUCAGAGAUGCUGCGGUUCUCAUGGUGGAAUACAUUGAUGAGAUCAGGCGUCAAGGCUUUGAAGUUAGCUACUUGAACAUUGGUGGUGGCUUAGGGAUAGAUUAUUACCAUGCAGGAGCUAUCCUUCCUACACCCAUGGAUCUCAUCAACACCGUGAGAGAGCUUGUUCUGUCACGUGGACUGAAUCUAAUAAUAGAGCCAGGGAGGUCGCUGAUUGCAAACACGUGCUGUUUCGUCAACCAUGUGACUGGAGUGAAGACGAAUGGAACUAAAAACUUUAUAGUGAUCGAUGGAAGUAUGGCUGAGCUAAUCCGUCCUAGUCUUUAUGAUGCAUAUCAGCAUAUUGAGUUGGUCUCUCCUACACCGCCUGAAGCAGAGGUUUCCAAGUUCGAUGUAGUGGGUCCUGUUUGUGAAUCUGCUGAUUUCUUGGGCAAAGAUAGAGAGCUUCCUACUCCUCCGAAGGGAGCUGGUCUGGUGGUUCAUGAUGCUGGUGCAUACUGUAUGAGCAUGGCUUCCACUUACAAUCUCAAGAUGCGUCCUCCGGAAUACUGGGUUGAAGAUGAUGGGUCGAUCACUAAGAUCAGGCACGCUGAGACAUUCGAAGACCAUUUGCGUUUCUUUGAAGGUCUAUAAACUCUUUGAUUUCCUCUGAUCAUUUGCUUGUCGCUAUUUUAGUUUUACUUUAUUGAUGUUCAUAAUCAUUAUUGUAAUGCUAUUUGCUGUGUUAGAUUUUUCAUAUAUUCCCUGUUGUAUCCGAAACCUUCAAUAAGUUGAUGAAUAAGAAAAAAAAAAAAGACAAUUCAAUACAA